AUGUCCAAUUGGUGGUGGUUAAGUAUUCUAUAUGCUUUAAUGUAUAUCAUUGCCAUAUUUGUUGGUCAAAGAUGGAUGAGAAAACAAAAUGAAAAAUUUGAAUUACGUGGAGCAUUAGUUCUUUGGAAUACUAUUCUUACUAUCUUCAGUUUUUGGGGUGCAUGUCGAAGCGUACCUGAAUUAAUUUAUACCUUAAAUCAUCAUGGAUUUGUAUAUUCAAUAUGUGAUCCGAGUUUUAAACAAGGAAUUACUGGACUUUGGGCUUGGUUAUUCAUGAUAUCGAAAUUUCCUGAAACAAUAGAUACAUUAUUUAUCGUAUUAAGACGACAACAACUUAUAUUUCUUCAUUGGUAUCAUCAUGCAUCAGUACUUGUCUAUUGUUUUUAUAGUUAUGCAUAUUUUGUCUCAACCGGUCGUUGGUUUGUAUCAAUGAAUUAUUGUGUUCAUACACUUAUGUAUGGUUAUUUUGCAUUACGAGCAGCUCGUAUUCGUCUUCCUCGAUUUUUUCAACAAUUUAUUACACUUCUUCAACUUAUUCAAAUGAUUAUUGGUUGUAUGAUCAAUAUUGCAGCAUAUUAUUACAAACAGCAAGGAUAUUCAUGUGCUGUUUCAUAUACUAAUAUUGAAAUAUCAUUAGCAAUUAUUAUAUCAAUAAUACUAUUUAUCGUAUAUAUUAAACUCAAAUAUUUUACAUUAUAUGGUUCGAUACCAGGCAAACCGCCUCAAUUUUUAUUAGGUAAUCUCUUACAAACAGGUUUCAUUUAUGGUAAAUAUCUUGGUGAUAUCGUUCGAGAAUUUCAAAUUAAAUAUGGUGAUACAUUUCAAUUCUUCGCAGGACCUAUUCAUAUGAUUUUUGUAUGUAAUCCUGAAGAUGUUCAACAUAUAUUUACUCAUCGACAUAUUUAUGAACAAGGCAAUUUAGAAGUAGAUCAUCAUCGAAUUCUUUUCAACGAUGCUCUCAUAUGUAAUAUAGGAGCAAAAUAUAAACGUCAUGCUAGUAUAAUUCUACCAUUAUUUCGUCGUGGAAAAAUUGUAAACAAUUUAGAUAUAAUUGUUGAUUGUACUGACAAAUUACUCGAUCAAUGGCGUUUAAAAAUUGAUAUGGAUCCUAAUCAUAUUCAUCUUAAUAUCGUAGAUCAAUGUCAAAAUUUAUCAUUAGCUAUUUUUGGUUUUAUUGGUUUUGAUUAUGAUUUACAAACAUUAGAAGAAUAUAGUACUAAUAAGAAGAAUAAACUUCGAUUAGCAUUAAGUGAUUUUUUAAAAAUAUUCUUAUUUACAAUUCCUGUACCAACAUUUCUAAGUAGAAUUUAUUUGAAAAUUAGUCCUCGAUAUCGGCAUGCAAUGAUUACUAUUAGUACUUAUUUAAAUCAAAUAAUACUACAAGAACAACGUAAAACACCAGAAGAAAUUGAUGAACGAAAAAGAACUAGUUUAAUUGCAUCUCUAAUUGGUUCUUUGCAACAAGAUGAAAAACUUGAAGCAAUAAAAUCGGAACAAGAAAAGAAAGGAUUAUCUCGAAGAGAAGUAAUCGAUGAAUUAUUACUUUUUCUUGUCGCUGGUUCUGAAACAACAGGAAGUGUACUUGCUUGGUUUAUUUACUUUAUGAGUAAAAAUCCUCGUGUACAAGCUAAGAUCAAAGCAGAACUUGCAGAUAAAACUCAAAAUGGUUUAACCAUUGAUCAAAUAGAUUCAUUGAUUUAUUUGGAUUAUGUAAUACAAGAAGUUUUACGAUUUAUUCCACCUGUUGUCGGUACAACUCGAACAUUAACUGCAGAUGAUCGAUUACCUACCAGUAGUAUUCAAUUAUAUAAGGGUGAUGAAGUAUUUAUUCCAUUGAAUGUUCUUAGUCGAGAUAAACGAUACUGGAAAAUUGACCCUGAUCUAUUCUAUCCAGAACGUUUUCAAAGUGAAGAUGCAAAUCAUCAUGCAUAUGUAUCAAUUCCUUUCGGCGGUGGUCAUCGACAAUGUAUUGGUCAAGAUUUAGCUCGUUUUGAAUUGAAAGUAAUAAUGACAAGAUUAAUGCAACGUGUAACAUUUGGUGAUGGAGGUGCUGAUGUGAAUGCAGGUGGUUAUGUUCAAAAAAUGACUGUUAUACCUAAACAUAUUGGUAUUACCAUAAAAUUUGAUUGA